AUGUUGACAGAUAAUGGGACCGGCGUGAACGCAUGCAUCGGACACAUCCAAGGGAACUCUUCUCUCGGCAUCCCCGGUGUCUGCAUGGGCGAUGGGCCCGCCGGAGUCGGCAACUCUCUCGACAAUGUCACCGCUUUCCCGGCUCCGGUUGUGGCGGCAAGCUCUUGGGACACGUCGAUACAGUAUGAGUUUGGCCAGGCACUUGCGCAAGAGCACAUGGGCAAAGGCCGCAACAUCGUCCUUGCGCCCACCAUCAACAUCCUUCGCUCUCCCUUAUGGGCCCGCGCUGCCGAAACUCUGUCCGAAGACCCAUGGCUGACCGCGCGAAUGGCGGUCGCCGGCACGAUGGGCAUCCAAAGCCAGGGAGCCCUCGCGUGCCCGAAGCAUCUCGCUGCGUAUAACCAAGACACGAAUAGGUUCGGCAAUGACCCGGAAUGGGUAACAGUCGAUGCGGUGGUCGAUAAGAGGACGAUGCAUGAGCUUUAUCUGCCUGCCUUCAAGGCCAGCGUGCAAGAGGCAGAUGCGGCGAGUGUCAUGUGCUCCUACAAUCGACUCAAUGGCUUCUUCACCUGCGAAAAUGACUGGCUCCUCAACCAGACUCUUCGUCAGGAGUGGGGGUUCGAAGGGUUCGUGGUUGCUGAUUGGUAUUUCUCUACAAGAAGUACCGUUGCUGCUGUCAUGGCUGGACUCGACAUCUCAAUGCCGGGCGGAGAUCUGACAGAUAGUUACGGCUUCCCUGCUUACUACGGUGAGUUAUUGGUGGAGGCUAUCAGCAAUGGAUCGAUACCACACGCACGACUUGACGAUAUGGUCCAGAGGGUUUGGCGAUACAUGUUCAAGCUUGGGCAAGUCGACAAUCCCGUGACCGGAGACUCGACAGCCAAUGUGCGUACCCAGGAGCAUCUGGAUCUCGCACAGCGAAUGGUUGAAGAGGGUACUGUUCUGCUGAAGAAUGACGAAGGCGCCCUGCCUAUCUCUCGAGACAAGUAUUCCAAGAUUGCAGUCUUUGGCAUCGGAGCAACCACGGAGAACCAGGUCUCUGAAAACCACGGUGGCUUCGUCAUUGACUCGACCAUGGUCGUUCAAGCACCCUUUGAUGCGAUCAAGCGUCGAGGAGACGCAGGAAACAUCACGGCCAAGUACUCCAUGGCGUACCCUGGCACUGGGCAGUUUCCCACGGCUCCCUCGAGCAUGUUCAGAGAUGGCGGCGUCAACGUCACAUACUACAAGACAACCGACUUCACCGGCCCCGUAAACGCCACCGAGAUCGUCCCCAACAUAACCAUUGCUACAUACCCAUCAAAUCUUUGGCAAGCAUACCCAGACGUAUUUUCGGCUGUUUACGAGGCGGUUUUCCUUCCAAACACCACAGGAAUGCACCACUUCUCCAUGUAUGGCCAGGGGACCGCGCUGCUGUACUUGGACGACAUUCUGGUAGCCAACAUGUCCUAUGCUAAUUUCGGGAACUACAUCCAAGGUGCAACCUAUCUCGAGGCGGGAUCCGAGGUCAAGCUUCUAUUGAAAUACGACAUGGGCUACUCCUUGUCUACUGGUGCGUAUGGAAUCACUCUUGGCGUAGACGUUGGCAACCAGACCCGAGACACAGCGGCCGACGAGCUGGCCGAGUGGGCGGAUAUCAGCAUCAUUUUCGCUUCGGACCGGAUCUCUGAAGGCGCUGAUAGCGGCCUUGGACUUUCUCUACCUGGCGACCAGGAUGCCAUCAUCAGCCGGCUUGCCAGCAUCUCCAAGAAAACCGUUGUAGUCCUGAACACGAACUCUGCCAUUCUGAUGCCUUGGAUUGAGCAAGUUGAGGGCAUAAUGGAGAUUUGGUAUCCUGGCCAGCAGGUAGGGCUCGCGCUUGAGCGUCUUCUCUUCGGCGAUGUGAGCCCGAGCGGGAAGUUGCCAUUGACCUUUCCCAAGAGCCUCAACGACACCAUACGCAUCAGUACAAGCAUCGAAGUCCCUUAUGAAGAAGGCCUCUAUGUGGGAUACAAGGCUUAUGAUCAAAGCGGCAUCAAACCUUUGUUCCCGUUCGGACACGGCCUGACGUAUUCCAACUUUAGUCUAUCUGGACUGGAGGUAUCUUCAAAUGGCAGCGCCAUUCUAUCCAGAGUGACUUUGUCGAAUCAGGGAAAUACUAAGGCAAAAGAGGUUGUUCAGCUCUAUGUUGGGUUCCCGGAGGCCGCGAAAGAGCCACCAAAGUUGCUCCGAGCUUUUCAAAAGGUUGAGGUCGGAGCUGGUGAGAGCAAGGCUGUAGAGUUGUUGGUGAAGACCGAUGAUCUCAUGGUGUGGGAUGCCUUCACUGAGGAUUGGAUGUUUGUAGAAGGUCAGUAUGAGGUUUUCAUAGGGUUCUCGGCGGGUAAUAUUCAAGCUAGACAGCUCGUGGAGCUGAGUCGAGGCUAGAGCGAUGGUACAUAGAGUUGAGACUCGUUGCCCUCUUAUCAACGAAGCAUCGCUCAGCAACUUGAUCGAAUACCAUGGAGUCAGAGUUAUUUAUUUGCUUCAAGUCAUGAUUACUUGUUAAUUUCCCUCAUCCGCUUCUUAUGCCUUUUUUCCAUGUCCGCCUGCUCACUG